ACCCGCAGCUUUACACGUCGAUCUGGCAUCACCUUGACACUUCUUGUGGAUAAAGCUCUUUUUUUUCUGUACUCUAAAAAAAAAAGCGUUUCUCUCUCAUUUUCUUUCUGUCGAGAAAAUUUAGUGAACCCAAAAGGAGAGAACUUUCUUUGGUUUGUGUUUCAUUUUGUUGUGGUUUUCUGUAAGAUUAAAUGGCUGAGGUUUUGACCAAGGCGAGUUUGGUUUCCUCUUCUUCUUCUUCAUGGCAUGGGGUUGGUCAACGGCAUCAUCGAAGGGUUUCAACGGUUUCCAACACUUGUAGCUUCGGUUCUGGCGUGGGAAAGUUCUCUUCUUUGAAGAUGAAGUCUCAGGUUCUCAGAUCUUGGUCCUCUUCUUCUGAGUUUCAGGGUAAAAAGCUUGUCUUUCAUGUAAAUAGAGGAUUACCCAAUAGGGUCAAUUCGCGCUUGAGAGCUUCAACUGGGGCUCAGAUGAGCUUUAGACUAGGGAAAGUUCAGAAAUGGUGGGAAAAGGGGCUUCAACCCAACAUGAAGGAGGUGACUUCGGCACAAGACUUUGUGGAUUCACUGUUAAGCGCAGGGGACAAGUUGGUGGUGGUUGAUUUCUUCUCUCCCGGUUGUGGUGGCUGCAAAGCCCUUCAUCCUAAGAUAUGUCAAUUUGCAGAGAUGAAUCCUGAUGUUCAGUUCCUUCAGGUGAACUAUGAGGAGCAUAAGUCCAUGUGUUAUAGCCUUAAUGUCCAUGUUCUUCCCUUCUUCCGAUUCUAUAGAGGUGCUCAUGGUCGAUUAUGUAGCUUUAGCUGCACCAAUGCCACGAUCAAGAAGUUUAAAGAUGCAUUGGCCAAACACACCCCAGAUAGAUGCAGCUUGGGCCCAACCAAAGGGUUAGAAGAGAAAGAGCUUCUAGCUCUUGCUGCCAACAAAGAUCUUUCCUUCACCUACUCACCAGAACCUUUACAACCUGCACAUGCAGAUGAAGAGUUGGGAACCGAACCUGCUCCUGCUCCUGGUUCAAAAUCUCUUCCUUCACCUUCAAUGAUUCUCAAUUCUGAGGUCUCUAAAAAGAGAACCUUAACCACUUCUGGGAGAUGAUGUGGUCAGUUUGUAAGCAAAACCCAUCUUCUGACCCCAUCCCUUGUACAGUGUAGAUCUGGUUUGGUGUAAUAUCUUCACAUAAUAUACUUGUGAGAAUGAAGAUAUCAUUGCAGAUUAACUCACAUAGUAUGAUAGUGUGUAUUCCUCAAAGGCAUGUUUUUUUGAAUCCAUGCAUUGCUGAGGUUAGGGAAAUUAGAAGCUGUAGAAUUACUAGUUAAUAGUUACUUUUUUGCGUGUAUGAGGAAUCGCUUCUUAUCCUAUUGUUGUAAAAUGAAUGCCAUUUUAUUCACCAAUGGAUAAUUUGUUUCUUGUUCUGAGCCAGUUAUUUCUUGUAAUAGUUUAA